AGAGUGCGGGCCGAAGUGCCUAGCUCGUCCUCGUCGACGGGCCGCGGCGGACGACCGGAAUCAUGUGCGCGAAGGGGGCUGCCGAAGCGAGACGGUCAAAGAGAAGCUGCCUCUGGAGAUGCGCCCUAGUCCUAAUACCCCCGAUGCCUGCUUGCCUGUGGUAACGAGAUGCGUCUCGCCGCUAGCGUUUGAUAUCCUUGACAUUUCAUCCUCAUAUCCCUCAUCCACCUCAUCCUUAACCGCACCACCCUUGUGAUAUCUCAAGGCCUCUUUCAGUCGUCCGACACUUAAUUUGUUUGCGGCGUUCAACUGAGUUCGCUGCCGCACGCCCGAACGGACCAAGAUUCUCCUCCCUCUGUCGUUCCAACCUGUCACUUCCCCGCUUCGCCUUACCACAACACAAACUUACCUUCAACGCUACCUUCAACGCCGCCGCGGCUGCCAUCUUCCGUCGCUGAAGACGGCGUGUACGGCUUCUGCGAGGCGUUGCAAGCAUGCACACGAUGGAGCUACAGCUGCAGCGACAGCAGCAGCAGCAGCAGCAGCAGCGACGCUGCCUUUCUUCCGACAGCUCAGCCUCAGAGAGCACGGCACCUACCCUCUCGACGCCGCCACCCUUCUCGCCAAUCCCGUACCAUCAGCGCAACAUCUACGUCGAUCGUUGGGAGCCAUGCACAGGCAAUCUGUCCAUUGCUGAGUUCCUCACAGGGACUUUCCUAGUCAACUGCCCAUCCUUUGGCGCUUGCCACAAGAGAUGGGCAGCCCUCGGAUUCCCCGACAUCGACGUCUCCCACUGGCCGCGAUUCGACUCUGCUCUCUUCCCUACAAACUUCAACGAGCUCCUUCCCGCUUACAAUCAAGCGACUGCCUUGUUCCUCGACCGGGUUUCGUCGUUUUGGCAUGGACGUCCAACGCCGGAGAUGACACUGCAGCAGAUGGCUCCCUUCGUCCUGCUCGAAGUGGUGUGCACUGCAGACCUCACAGUAGCAGAGAGAGAGCAAGAGCAUGGCGCCCUCAAUGAGCAGGCAAGGCUCUUUCUUUGGGAGCAGACUGUUAGCCAUCGCAUCUCGCUGCUUGCGCAUCAGACCCGCUGGGUGAUAGAUCAAUGCGUGCAUCGGGCAAGUGAAACUUGCAUCCUGCGGGUGUCCUUUGGUGAGGUACACGACAACCAGUCCUACUGCGAAAGGCAUUUCUGCGACCUCAUCCAGUCGCUGCAGCUCCGAAUGCCGAACUUCAGGACAAAGACGAUCGAUGCUGCUCAUGCGGAAGGCCCGCUCUCCUGGUAUCUGCCUACAUUCGACUUGCCCAUUCGACAGGAGCAGCUGCAGUCUGGCCCAGCCAUGGCGUCGCGCAAGCGCAAGAGAGUUUCGCUGGGUGGCUGGCAAACGGACAUUAGUCAUCGCUCACCAAAGCGAUCAGAGCACGUCGAGGUCAUUCAUCGGCCGAGUCGCGUCGAUCUCUUUGAUAUGCUGAGCAAUGCAGCAGGGAUGACGACGUCGACACGCUUCGCCGAAAUUCAUGACGGGGACAUGCCGCCCACAUUGCUGCCCAGUACCGUGGCCAACUGGUCUUCGCCCAUCCUGGGUCCGCCGGGAGCUUCUUGGCCGCCUUCACCGCCAGACGUUGCUACACUCCCCGUAACCCUCGGCCAGCCGACCCCCGGGAUUGGACUCCCAGAGACAUCCAUGCCGUCCAUUGUGUCUCUUCCGGCCGUCCCACUGGAGCCCAACCCCUUGCCCUUCUUCCCUUCAGCCGCAAUGACAGAAGCAGAAGACGUCAAGCCUUUGCUGGCCGCAGCUUCUGGCUCAGUCGUAGCGAUGGCAAUGCCAUUGCCGACACCAGCAGCCACUGUCACUGCCACGCCUACGUCUACUCCUCCCCCGCCACCGUCAACAGCAAAAGCCCGCGCAGAGCAAUCUCGCCUCAAGAUGCAACGCUAUGCCGCUAGGGUUAAGAAGCAGCGCGAGGCCCUUGUGACCGUCUACGAGGACAUGGAAAAUGCUCUGCAACGCAUGCCAGGGGCGGCUGCGCUUCUCAGUCAGCUGUCGUCGACGAAUGGGACGUCGAACUCCUCCUCUUCCUCGGCCUCGCCUGAACAGGUCACCUUUGCGUCUGCGGCCGAGAAGCUCAACUACCAGAAACGCCAGUCCAAAGCACGCAAGAGGGCGGGAGAGUCGACGCACGUAGACUCGAUCUCUUUGCGCUCGAAGCAAGCCUUGCAGCUGCCCUUUGUCCAUCCAAUGCGGAGAGCGAUUGAGGACGCGCUGGUCAGACAUAGGGAGACGUGGAUUGAUUUGAUCGAGGCGGAGAAGAGAUUGAAGUCGGGUGGGGCUGCGGCCAUUACAGCCAGCAAGAGGCAGAAGAAGAGCGGAGGUGGUGUCGUAGCUAAGGAAGGGGGACGGGAGCUAGAUGAGGGGCAGAGGGAGGGCGAGGGAACGCCAGUCAGGGAUUUGAUCCAGAUGCUAGAGGGGGGACCGCAGCCUGGCUGGACGGCGUGACGGUGGGUGGGCGCGCACGAUUCUGGCGCGUACGAUUCUUCAUCUGCAUGAGCUCUUCUUUGACCUUGGUCACCUUCUUGUACACUAGUAAGUCAUACCCUAUAUUACCUUGAACUUGACUGUUUCCAUUCGUG